AUGGGGAAAACUAUACACAUUGAAGGGAGAAAUCUUGUGUUGAAAGUGCCGCAGUUUCUCGAGAAUGAGAAGAAAAAUAGACGCUUUUGCAUACCUGUAGAUCAGGAAUACUGGGAAAAAGAUGACCUGGUUGACGACGUACUGCAGCAACUUGUAAUCGAUCUUGGAGGAGAGGAGUCAUCCGACGAGAUCGAAAGUGAAGAAGAAGACAGUUUAGACCAUGAUAUUGUACCAAUUAUUUAUAGUGAAGAUGAAUUUUGA